AUGCUGUUAGCACGAAUGGCGUCGCUAAAUAUGGCCAGGAUGCCUGUACCAUGCCUGGCUAGAGGAAUAGGUAUUCUCAAGGGCAAGUAUAGGCUGAUGAACUUAAUAAACGCUCAACCCGCAGUAAGGCAUGUGUCCAGUGAAAUUCAACAGAAGGACCAGCAGGCGGGUGAAUCGAACACCGCCACCGAUACCGGUGUCAUUUACAAGUCGGACGAAGAAACGUUGAUGUAUUUCGAUAACGUUUACGCUAGGGCGACCUCCGUUUGGAAUCCAACGCUAUGGUACAAUCUGCUUCUGAGAAAUCAGUCUCGGGAAGCAGUGAGAGAGACAAUCAAAAACUUGGCUAGUCCACCGAGUAACCCUAUCCAUGGGCUGGAGUUAAAGUCUACCAUUCCGGUGAAAAGAGAUGGAGGUGUAUUUGCUACAUUUGUCGUUCCACCAAAAUACACAAAGGCUCAAGUGAAUUCCUUGAUUCAACAGAAUACAGCUAGAGAAUCUUCCAAAAACUUGCUUGCGUAUUUCACACGAGCAUCUGCUUUCCCCGUAAAGGGUUCACCUUGGAUCGAAGAUUUGAGAAGAUUGCCAAGUACCACCAUAGUAAUAAAGUUUCAAGGACCCGCACUAACAGAAGAGGAAAUUUACUCUUUAUUUAGAAGGUAUGGGACAAUCGUUGAUAUUUUUCCACCAACUAGUGCCACCAACAAUGAGGCAAAAAUCAGAUACCGCUCAUACCGUGGUGCCAUUUCUGCCAAAAAUUGUGUCUCCGGUAUCGAGAUUCAUAAUACUGUCUUGCACAUACAAUACGAAAACAUCAUAAGAGGUCACAUAGUCAGCAAUUUUUUCACAAACCAUACCAGGAUUGCUAUUCCUGUGAUGUUUGCCCUACUCUCGAUUUUUGCUGUUUUGGUGUUCGAUCCUAUAAGAGAAUUUUCUAUCGAACAGAAGAUAAGUCACAAAUACUCUUUUUCAUGGGACAAUAGGUUUUGGAAACAGUUGAAAACAUUGACCUCUUCUACCAUGACCUCUAUCAAAUACUACUGGGGUAGUACUGAUGACAACCAUCAAAGAAAGCAUUUGUGGGGAGAAAGAAUAGAAAAGGUCAAUGACUUGAAAAUGUGGCUUGAAGAAAACAAUAACACUUUUGUGGUCAUUAGGGGGCCCAGAGGUUCAGGAAAACAUGAUUUAGUCAUGCAACACACUUUGCAGAACAGAGCAAACGUUUUAUAUCUCGACUGUGAUAAAUUGAUUAAAUCAAGAACAGAUCCCAAGUUUUUGAAAAAUGCCGCUAGUCAAUUGGGUUAUUUCCCAAUUUUCCCAUGGAUCGACUCCAUCACUGGUGUUCUCGAUUUGACUGUCCAGGGGUUAACAGGGCAGAAAACAGGGUUAUCCGAGACAAAAGAAUCUCAAUUUAGAAAUAUGUUGACCACUUCAUUGAUGUCGAUUAGACGCAUUGCCCUUAAGAAUUACAAAGCCUUCAUUUCCACCAGUGACGGAGCAGUUAAUAUCAAAGAAGAAGAUUAUUUGCAACAACAUCCAGAAGCUAAGCCUGUUAUCGUUAUAGAUAGAUUUGAGGGUAAAUCUGAAAUCAAUGGAUUUGUGUACAAAGAAUUAUCUGAUUGGGCAGCUAUGCUAGUUCAAAUGAACAUUGCACAUGUGAUUUUCUUGACAGAAACUGUCGCAUCCAACCAAAGAUUAAGUGAGUCACUGCCCAACCAAGUGUUCAAGAAUUUGAUUUUAUCAGAUGCGUCAAAGGAAAAUUCGAGAAACUAUGUGUUGUCUCAAUUGGAAGAAUACUUGUAUUUCAACAGGAAGGUCAAGGGAGAAGACGCAAAUGAAGUUGAAGAGGAAAAGAAAAAGAAUGAAAACGAUGAUUCUGAGGCUAGUGAUGACUUGAAUUCAGAUAAGAAGAAAGCUGAGGUUAUUUUAAACGAAAAGGAACUGCAAGAUAUUGACGCUUCCUUAGAACCAUUGGGCGGUAGAAUGUUAGAUUUGCAAGCAUUUGUAAGAAGAGUCAAAUCAGGAGAAGAGCCUACCGAAGCGCUAGACAAGAUGAUUGAACAGGCUUCUGAACAGAUAACUCAAAUGUUUUUGAGUGACAAAAUUGAUGGUACAAAGAGUGCCCAAGCUUGGGAACUGAUCGAAUUAUUGAGUUCCCAUCCAGUGCUUCCAUUCCACGAAGUUGUUAACAUGCCAUUAUUCAAGGCGGCUCCAGAGACAGGGAUCAUGGAACUGGAAAACAAUGGGUUAAUCACUGUGUCCAGGGAUAGGGGUGUUUUACAGGAGAUUAGGCCUGCCAAACCACUAUACAGAGCAGCAUUCACAUAUUUGAUUAACGAUGCUGAACUUUCAAAGGUGUUGAAAACUCGUUACUUAUUAAAGGUUGUAGGUUUUGAAACCGGCAGGAUCAAGAAGUGGGAAGAAGAGUUAAAGCCCUUAGGAAAAGUUCCUGACCAGAAACUGUUCAAAAGUAGACUGGACUAUUUAUCUGGAAAGAUAAACGCCAGUAACGCUGUCAUUAAUAAGUGCGAAGAAGAAAUAAAAAAGUUAUCUAAGUAG